GUCAUACACGCUUUGGGCGAAAGAUGGUGAACAGUCAUAAUAGCCGCAAAUGUACGUAUUAUUAUUAUUAAAAUUUGGUUGAAAUUAUUAUUCUACUUAACUAUGUGAUGCAUCCCGUUUGGUAGAAGGCCAUACGUUUGGAAAAUCUAUGAAAAUGGCACAGCUUAUUCAAGAUACGAUUAUUACCAGUUCUUUAGCUUUGUCUAAAUCAUUACAAAAUGAUGAUAAUGCAUUUGAUAAAAAAGCAUUGCUACAUGAAAAGGAAGAAACAGAUAUUAUAUUGAUACAUGAAAACUGUGACAGAGUAUUGAGAAAUCAUAAGAACGAAGAAGUACAGAAUAAUAAAUUGCAUAGUACUAAAUCAUUCGAAAAAGUUUUUUCAUGGCUUCUUACAUUUGAUAGAGUAAUGCAUUCAUCUAUAGGAAAGAGAAGUUUCCAUCUUCUAGAAGAAUUGCUCUCCAUCUAUGUCAACAAUAUUUUAAAAUUUAUGGAAAUAAAUUACAUUAUGACAUAUGAAGUUAUUAAAUUGAAAAAGCAUAUGAGUAAUACAUUAAUAUUUUUUCAUUUUUAUUGGCACAAUAUUAGUGAGCACAUAAACAAUCAUAACUCCUAUUUAAACAAAAUAUCAGUAUUAUUGGCAAUAUAUGUAGAUAUAGAAUUAAGAACUUCCAAACGCUGUAAGGAUCCUUCUAAGGUAGCUGCAAAACUUUUUAGUGCAUUAUGGAUAUAUUUAAAUAAAUCAAAAGAACAUAUAUUUAAAGUAUUACUUAGGAUUAAGCUAAUUACUAAAAGAUAUGCAAAGAUUUGUGAUCUUAUAUUCUCUAAAAGCUUGACCAAUUUAAAAACAAAUGAAGAGUCUAUAACAGGGAUAAAAUAUAUAAGAUAUUUAUUCACUUUAAAGCUUUGGAGAAAAAUAAAAGAAAAUUCAGAAGACGCAAAACAAGUUGAUGAAUUAGCUGUGGCUAUAUUAGGAUCACAUAUGCCAAAGAUGCAAGCAGACUUAUUGAAACUUGUACCUAAACUUCCUCUUAACUGUAAAAAUGAAACAUUAUGGUUAAUGCAACCAAACUUAUUUGAUCUAAAACAAGCAUGUAAUGAUUUCCUCGUACUCGAAGAAAAUAUUGAGAUAACUGAAUAUAAUGAAUUGCCUUCCACAAUAAAAACUGAAAGAAUAUAUAAUUAUACUAAUUCAGAGACAAAUAUGAAUACUAUCAAGAAUAAAGAAAUAUACUCCUUGAGUUGUAUAUCUAAUAUAAAUCAGAAGAUAGCUUCAAAUAAAAAUAAAUCAAUGGAAAGUAUUCGUGAAGAAAAUGAUAAUUCUUUAAAAAAUCAUAUUAAAAAAAAGAUAGAAAAAAAUAAAAAAUUUAAAUUAGUGCCAAAUGUAAAACCAGGGGAAAUAAUAGUCAUUGAUUUUUCUAAAGAUAAUGAGGAAUGUAUUUCCUUGAAUAAAAGGAAAAAGAAUAAAUGUAAAAAAAAUUUGGAGUGGCUUAGAAUUGUGGCAAAAAAGUACCAGAAAAGCCCAAAACUUUUUUUUAUAGAUGAUGCGAAAAAUAUUGAUACUAAAGAAUAUGCAGAUAUAUUAAAUAAACAAAAUAGAUUAGAAGACCUGCAAAGCUCUCUAACAUCUUUAAUUGGUCAUGAUAGUUUCUAUAACACGUUAAAUUUUAAUGAAUGGAUAAUAAACCCUUGUCUGAUUAAAAAAUGUGUAGAAGAAAAAACAUUAAGUGUUAAUAAUGAAAAAAAUGUUGAAUUGUACAGUCAAGAACCUUUGGUAGAUAUUACAGAUCCAUCUAUACUAAGAAAAAAAAGUAAACAAUGUGUUAAUCAAAAAAAUUCGAUUGGUAGAUGUGUAGAUAUAGUUGCUUUUGGUUUAAAUGCAAAAGCAGAAGAAGAUUUUGAUUUAUUUUCAUUAGAUGACAAUGGUUCUAUAUCGAUGUUUAAAAAUAUAUCUUCUUCAUGCUCAUCACCAUUACUUAUCCAAUCAGAUAUAAAAAUUUCUGAAUCAAGAGAAUUUUCUUCAAAUUUUGGUUUUAAAAAGUCCGAUCGCGAAUCUAAUGAUAUGAGAAUGGAACAAAUUUAUGAUUUCCAAGAAGCGGAUAUUUUAAAAGAAAAUGAUUCAAAAAUACAUAUAACAAAUCAAACUUUAAUAGAUGAAGCAUGUAUUUCCAAGGAUGUACCCUCGAAUCAUUUACCAAUUCAAACUGAAGACCUUUUUGUGCCACCCUAUAAUAAUGUAUCGACGUCUUCAUUGCAAUUAGACUUCGAAUUAUUACCAACAGAACAAUUGAUAGAAACAUUUAAUUUACCAUUACCUUUCAGUCAGUAUGAUUUAAUAUCAAAUAAUUCAAUUCCUUUGGAUUCACAAUCUAUAUUUACAGAGAAUGAUAAUAUAAAUAUACAGCAAAUUGUAAAUGGACUACAAUCAGUUGAACCUUAUGAACGAAUACAGCAAAAUAUAAAGAUAUCUUCUGAUUGCAACAAAUUAUAUACAGACAAGGAGGUAAUGGAAAAUACAAGUCAUUUUUGGAAACAAAUAGAUCUAAUGGAUUUAGAUGAUUCUUUACCACUAAAAAAACGUAUAAUGUUGAAUUUUCGAAAAUCGAAUAUUAUUUUUAAAAAUGAUAUAGAGAAUGAACAUUCUAUAAUUAUGAUAACAGAAGGUGUAUCAGAAGAUACCAAACUUUUAUAUAAAGUAGAAACAGAAGACAAUAUUUUAAUACCAACAGAAAAAUCUUGCUUAAAACCUUUAAAAGGAAGUAUUACAAAAUCUGAUACACAAAUUUCCAAAAUACCUCUUGUACAAGACAAAUGUAUGAAAGAAAUUUCAACUAAAAUCUCUAUAAAGCCCAACGUUAGAAAACUCGAUAUAACGUCAUUUAAUGAAGAAACAUCAGUAAAAAGAAGAAAAGUUACAUCCGAACUUUUACCUCUUUUAGAUGCAAGUAGAGUUAUAUAUUCAACAAAUACACAAGCUCAAGCAAAAGAUUUACUUUCUGGAAUGAAAGUAUGAUGGAAUCAGUGGUCAAAAAAUACAUAUGAUACCACCAUUUGCAGUUAAAGCAUAUCAUGCAGUCUAUCAUGUACAAGCUUGUAUAACCACCAAAGAAGCAAAAAACAUUUGCAUUGAAAAUAUGAUGGAUAAGAUCUAAGAAUCCUAUGAAUAUAGUAUAUUGACAAUAUAGCAGAUUAAAUAACUUCAUGAAUAUGCUAUAAAUAGAUAAUGCAUUUGAAUAUUAAAUUCAAAAUUAGUUAUUAGUCAUUAAGUUUGUGAGUGAUUUAUAUCGUUAAAAUCUAGUAUCUCGCUGAAAAUAAGUUCCACACUAAAUUAACUUUUAAAAUCAAGAUUAUUUUAAGGUCAUAUUAUAACACAGAUAAAUAUAUAAUAUUAUUUUUUUGUUGUGUUAACAUACAACAACAAAAAAAUCUUUGUAUAUUCGUAAAAAAACAAAAUGAUCUUGGAAAAACCAUUAAAAUAUUUACGAAAAAAAUUUUCUUCGUAUUGUCACAGAUAGACGAUAUUUAGGUAGCCUGUUUUAAAUGAAACACCCUGUAUACUAACAAUAGUUCAUCUUUGUCAAUUUUUGAUUAUUUGAUUAUAAUAAUAUUAUAAACCAUCUACUAAAACAAUUAUUUGACAUUUAAAUUAUAUUAUUUUAAAGUUAUUAGAGAAAAGUAGAAGCUAGUAGAAGUUAUUGAAUCCCGAUAUGUACGUAAAAACAUUUUGUAUGUCAUCUUAAUAUUAAAAAGAAACAGUUUCUUGUAAGUAGUAUAUAUGAUUGUUUAAUGGUAAAUACUAACAAAUAUUGAUUUUCUAGCUUCAUGAUUUUUAACCAUAAUUAUUGUAUAAUCAAAUAUUGUUUAUUGUCUCAUUAUGAAUUAAUUUUCUAUCUGCAAUAACAUUAUACUUUUUAGUAUACAUAUAAAACUAAGAAACAAUAAUCAAUAACCUGAUGUUCAUGAUAUAUAAUUCACAAUAGAUAACAGGUUCUAAUAUGGUAUUAUUGAGAACUGCAUUAAUCUUUUAAUGAUAUAAUAAAAAUAUGGAGUGUACUCGUAUUAAAUUUUAAUCAAACAAAUCUAAGAAAACGUACAUAAUUUUAUUUUAAAUCAGCAACAUAUUAAUUUUAUUAUCACAUUUUCUCAGAAUAUUUACUUGUAAAAAUUUGGUUUAUAUAUAUAUAUAUAUAUAUAUAUAUAUAUAUAUAUAUAUAUAUAUAUAUAAAUAAUAAUGCAAGUAAAUAUGCAAGUAAUAAUGCAAGUAAAGAUAUAUGAAAGUAAUAAGGGCACGAUAUUCUCUUAAUACUUAUUAAAAGUAAUUACCUUAUUCGAAAAACACAUAUAAUAAUUCCUUAAAUGUUCACAUACAGAUGAUAAUAUAAUAUCGUGUAAGAAAUAAAAUCUUCCAUCGUAAUUGAAGAUUUUAAGAGAAAGUAAUUAAUUUUAACAGUAAACAUAAUAAUACUUCGUUUUAGCUUAGAUAGAAUAUAUAACCGCUGUCUUUGCUCUGAUUAUGAUUAAUAUACAUUAAUAUUAAAUCUUAACAGGGUGCAAUACAAGAAAAUGACAUAUUUUUAUUUAAACUCAGUGGCAUAUAACUAUUAUACAGCAUAUUCCAUGUAUAUUAAAUUUCAUUAGUAACAUAAGGAAAAAAUAAAAAAGAUAUUUUAGGUUUUAGUAUUGAAAUUAUCAAAUGAUUUACUAUUAAAACAAUUUAAUUAUUUUUUUUGUGUAAAUAUAUUUGAAAAAUCAUUAAUGUUUACUUAUGAAUAAGUGUUAUGUUUUCUUUCUCAGUACAAGAUUUUUAUUUUAAUUUUACUAAUAAGAAACUGAUUUUGGAAAAUGUCAUAUUUAAAUAUGUUUAAAAUCCUAUUUUAGUUUUGUUAUUUUUAUUUUAAUAUGAUCAAAUUACGAUAAAAUAUAUUUAAUCUCAUAAUUUAUGACAAUAAGUUUAAUGUUGUUUAUGACUAUUUUGUUUGAUUUCAAAUGCAACAAAUUGAUGUUUUUAUAUCGCAUAUAUAUUUUUUAUUGUUUAUUAUUGUUAAAGAAUUUACAGAAAUCUUCGAAAAAUGUUCAACUUUUUAUAUAAACUCUAGCUCACUUAUUUUAAUAUUAUCCUUUUUUGUUUUGUUUAAAAUUAUAGUUUUAUGAUCAUAUAUAUAUAUAUGUGCGUGUGUGUGUGUGUGUACAUAUACACACAUACGCACACACACAGAGAGCUGAUUGUAAUACAUUAAAUAUUAAUAUUUUUUAAGAUAUCUUCUGUAUAACAUAAAAUUUAAUGAUUAUAAAUUAUGUACCCAAUGUAAGUUUAGCAAACUAAGCAAAGUUAUUUUUAAAUAAAUAUUUUAAAUUAUAUUUAGGUAUAAAUAAAUAAAACAAAUAGAUAUAUGAAUAUGUACAUAUAUUCGUACAUAACAAUACUGUAAGUACAUUCAUUAAACAACCGAAAGAAACAUAUUUUGUUAUUUAUGAUAUUUUUCAACUAUUGUAAAUUUAUAAUAUGUAAGGGAAACUGACUAUAAAACUAAUUAUUUACACAUUGUGAGUUUUUUAAGCAUAAUAAAUGUUGUCGUAUGUAUUUCUCUUUUAUGAUAUAGAACAGAUUCAAGAGAAAAUAAAGAAAAAACUAUAAGAGAA